CUUUUCAAGUAUUGUGCUUAUUGAUCCUGUACCUUUUGUGCUUAGUGAAAUUCACUUUUUCAAGCUGCUACAAAUAUCUCAUUUGUUAUAAGAUUACACCAUUUAAAAAGUUAUUUUGGGUCGAAAAAGCUUUGAGAAGAGUUUGGGAUUCGAUACGCGUUGCAGAACAUUACAAAAGAGUGUCAGAUUAUUGGAAAAGAACCUAAACCAAGAACAAAAACCUAAUCUGCAUAUGUUAUGUCACUGGUUCUAGUGAAAUGAAAAGUGAUUUUCCAUCGAAACUCGUACUCACAAUUUGUUUAAAUAAUGUACUAGCGAUGAGACCAAGGUUGUAAAAAAUCUCCAAAAACUAACAACGGCUGUUGAGUACUCAGUGGUGAACAAGGUUCCUAAAAUCAUCUGUUAGUGAAACGAAGCUGCAAAUUAUUGAUUGCUCAGCCUAAAAAUGCAGCCAUUCUCAAAUAACGAUUACGGUGGGAAUGAAUAUGGCAAUUAUAAUCAACAACAACAACAAAACAUUCCAAUGCAACCUCAAGGGGUCGCCAGGCCAAUGGUGGACCCGGAAGCAAUGGGAGAGGUUGAUCCUAAUCUCUACCCACAAGCAAAGGAAGCGACGCACAAGAUUCGAGGAAAGUCCGAUAUUUUGGAGAUGCUGUGCGGAUCCGUGGACCAGGAGCUGCUUCCCGUGAAAACCUUUUACUUUUUCUUCUAUGCUGCGUUCGGGUCACUUUUUCCACUGAUGGGAGUUUACUUCAAGCAAAUGGGCAUGAAUCCUGGCCAGUGCGGACUACUCAUCGGAACCAGACCGUUUGUGGAGUUUUUGUCCGCACCUUUCUGGGGUAGCUACGCCGAUCGCUGUAAAAAGGGAAAAAUGCUGCUUCUCGCUUCGUUGGCCGCUUGGAUUAUCUUUACGUUGCCUCUGGGAUUCAUCCAACCGCCGGCAACCAGCUGCAUCGAGCGAAAGAACGCAACCGACUUUGAGCUUCGUACGCCUCAAGUUCCACGAAUACUGAAGCGUUCGAUCGACGAACGCAUGCUGGAGGAGGCUUCGUUUGGAAAGUAUACCGAGCCGGAGGACCAUUUUUCGAGAGUGGAAAGAGCGGCCCGACCAAUCGCUGCAGCCGGACAAUCCCCGUUGGGUGUGAGCUAUGCUAAUAACUUUAAUGAGAAAUUGCACAGUGACUGGGUGUCUCCACUAUUUUCGUCUAUUGUGUACAGAACUGCUGAUAUUCAAAAAGCAUUUUUCUUACUCUUGUUGCUCGUUAUUAUCGGCGAAUUCUUCAGUGCUCCAGCAAUUACACUUGCUGAUUCGGCAGUAAUUACGAUUCUUGGAGAGGAUGCCGAUCGAUACGGGCAUCAAAGAAUGUUCGGUUCGUUGGGAUGGGGCUUGGCGAUGUUCUUCGUGGGUAUAGCUCUAGAUCAUUCAACGGCUUCUGAUCACCCUUGCGGUCCGGAAAAACAAGAGAAAAAUUAUUCCAUUUGCUUUGCCACAUUUUCCGUUUUGAUGGGUGCUGCCCUAAUCUCUGCAACUCAAAUUAAUUUUAAAUAUGAUUUUUCGGAACCUCAAGAACCUCAGACAGAAAAGGUUACCACAGAGCCUACUCAUGAAGAGCAAAUGCAAAAUCAGUUGGCCGAACAGUUGCAGCUUCCCGCAUUGGCUGCUUCCAGUGGCAUGGCCAGCGCGGCUCCUCCACCGCAAGCUCUGGGAGCACAAGUGCGUAUACUGCUGUUGUAAAUCCUUGAAAACUUUAACCCUUAUGAUUAUUUUGCUUCACAGACUAAAAUGUUCGCUCAAACAACACGUGAAAUGCCCGAGUGGGUCACCGUCUUAAGGCAAUUCAAGGAUCUCAAAUGCGUCUCAUUUCUGUUUGUGGCCUGGUUUAUGGGAUUCGGUAUUGGACUCAUCUUUACGUUUUUGUUCUGGCACCUUCAAGACUACGGUGGAUCCCCAACCCUGUUUGGCGUUGCUUCCGUCAUUAAUCACAUUUCGGAAAUUUUUGCGUAUUUCUUCAGCUUCCGUUUGAUCACCCAAAUUGGCCACGUGAAGGUUCUUUGCCUUGGCUUGGUUGGAAAUAUUCUGAGAUUUUUGUACAUUUCCUAUCUGAAAAAUCCAUGGUGGGUUCUUCCAUUUGAGUUUAUGCAAGGCAUUACCCACGCUGCAGUUUGGGCUGCCUGUUGCUCUUACAUUGCUCACAAUACGCCCCAACAUUUAAGAGCUUCGGCCCAAGGAGUGCUCCAAGGACUGCAUCACGGACUCGGAAGAGGUUGUGGAGCUGUAAUUGGUGGAAUGUUUGUCAACUACUUCGGAACAACGGCCACCUUCCGUGGUUACGGUGUAAUUUGUAUUUUUGUACUUGCCGCAUUUGUGUUCAUCAACUUCUAUCGAAAAGAGCAAGGUUUCAUCUCGGAAAUACCAACCACUGAAGAUCCUCACCAGGUGGCUGAAGAAAUGGCACACUUGGCUCCUCACGGAGUUCCUAGCAAUCCAAUUCCACGAGCUUUGUCCAGUACGCGACUAAAUGAGAUUGGCAACCAGAAUGCUGACAAUGGAUACGGAACUUAUCAAACUACCGGAGGAGCACUAGAUGUUCCUGGCGGAGCUCCGCGCAAUCCUUUCGCUGCACCACAAAAUAACAGCUACGGAGGCAAUCAGUACUAAACACAAUGUUUUAGUAUUUCACGUUGUAGGCUAGGGUUAGAAAUUACGGCUCAUAGUAUUCAUCGACCAUUUUCAUAAAAGAGCGUAACCGAAACUGUUUGCAAGAUGUGCUCCCCUGUAUGGUAUCUGGAAUCAUUAUUGAUAACACUCAAUGUGUCUCAGGUGUUACCGUCAUUGAAAAGUAAAUCUUAUGUUUUACCAACAUAAAAAUGAUGAUGCAUUUCAAUCAAAGCCAAAAAUUUGUAUGAUUGCAGUUUAGUUUCUAAACAUUACCCUUAACAUGCAUUUUGUCAAGUCGAGUUUCUCUAAACUUUCUGUAACAAGAGAGAAAAUCAACAUGCUGGAAUCGUAAAUUAUCACACCAAAAUCAACGGUAAAAAACAACAUCCAAAUCAUUCAGUUGUUAAACACACCCACCUAAUCAUUCUAGGUCACUACAAUUUAUCUUCUAAACUUUUCUUCAAUGAUGUGUUAUUCUUGUAGUAUAUAAAACAAAUUAGCACGCAUAAUAACAAUCUAGCUUUUAAGGUAUACAAAUAAACUACUAAUAGUUCAAACAUUAAAACUACUCAGAACUAAGUCUAGUCUUACCUGUUAUUGAUCUAUAACUAAAUACUCUGUUUCUAAAUUGUGUUAUCACAAGGACGGUAAUGUUUUGUUAAAGGACUUAACGAUUGGCACAAACAUUCACGUUAUGAGUUAGACUGUAUUAGAAAAAUGAUUGUUAUUGUUGUUUUACAAGUUAUUUAAAUGACACCUCUACUGUAAGCUUCAGAAUGCAAUCAAAUAUGUAUCUGUUAAGAAUCAAACAAAUUCAUCUAUCUAUAAUUUUCUACUUUAACCCAACUACUUCAGUGACAUUUGCACAUUGCCUUUUCAUGAUUUAGCUCAGAAACCCCUCCCAAUUAACUUGCACAUACGCUUUCAACCACUUGCACAACGAAUUAAGUCGUCCAUCCUGAUUUAGGAAAGUUAUUAUUUUAACAAUGAAUAUUCAAACGCAUUACUAGGGUAUACAAAUUGCGUGGCAGCAAAAGCUUUAUUAAAACGAGUCGUAUAGCAUAUCAGUUUUCACUACAAAUUUUAAUAUAAUGUAGCAUCAGAGUAUUGGAGUAUUUAAUGAAACGAUAGAAAAUUACUAUUUACCAUAUUUACAAAUAUGCAAACUGUUUCUAACUAAAUUCAAUGAAAUCUGCCGAAAAUAUCCGAAAAUAACCUAGCUUCUACCAACAUUUGCACGAUUUGUAUCCUUCAAUGAAUGUUUUCAUAAAAUUCGUUUAUAAAAAAUAAAAUCCAGGAUGGAAACUUCGAAUAAAAUGAUAACAAAUUGCAUGCAGUGUAUUGUCCUUAAUUGUAUAACUGACUGAAUAAAAUCCGAUGCUUCGAGCAUCACCAUCAAUGAUAUGUAUUUACAGUUGAAUCAAGAAAUGGAAAAGUAUUGAUGUUAAACGAAAUCGUAAAAAAUGACAAGUAUUAAAAAAGCAUUAUAAAUAACCAUUACCAGGAAUGAAAUGAUGUACAGCACUGAAAUGAAUGUAACACUUAACAUAAUUCACAAUAUUAUAAACAUACAAAUGAAAAGCACUUCUAAAUUGUAAUACAUCUAAAAGCGAAAUUCGUUAAAAGAAAUAAAUAAUAAAAUGUAAGAA